AUGGGGAAUAAUCGUCGUGUUGUUAAUACAGCCAUCUAUUAUUGGCGCCGAUUCUAUGCUAAGCAGGCGUUUUCAACUCAUUGUCAUUUUAGAGUUCACUUUACCGAUGUACAUCCCUAUCUAGCUGUUCCUACGUGCUAUUAUCUAGCUUCGAAGGUGGAAGAAGUCGCUGCCAACGUGUCGCGUGUGCUCUCCUCGUUCGAGGGCGUGCUAAAGCUUCACAAGAUCGAUCCAAUCAAGUGGACGAUCGACGACGUGUUGUCUUGCGAAAAUCUGAUUCUUUUGAAGUUGGACUACUGUUUGUUGUUCUUUGAUCCUUUCCGCUACUUACGACAUUUUCUUUCACUUUGUCAUUUGGAGGAUUGUCUCCAAGCCUGCACGUUGCUUGUUUUUUCAUACCGAAUAAUCGAUAGAAAUAUUGUAAAUGAUUCAUUUUACACAUUGAUUCCAAUUACGCAUGCACCUCAUAUUGUGGCGGCAACUGCUGUGUAUAUGAUUUGCACGAUGAACAACAUCGAUCCAGUGGAUGUUUUUACAGAACUAAAGUUCGAUGUACAGGAGAUUUAUGGGAUUUGUGCUACGAUGUGUGUUUUUUAUGAGAAGGGAGUGGACCUAUGGCCGAAAGAACUGACAGACUGUAUUUUAACGAUUUCACAACAGUUCUGA